ACAACGAAAUUAAUGUCCAGAAAUGUUUAGGCAAUCAGUUAAUGGUUCAUCUGUUACAGCUGUUCUUUAACGGUGAUUGUUGAGAUCACCAUUUGUUAUUGUUUGUUCGUGUUCAAUCAAUUUUCAAUCACACUUUAUUCCAUACUUUAUUGGGCAACAUCAAACUAACUAGAAUAUAUAUUCAUGAUUUUAAAAAUGUGAUAAAAAGGAAAUGAUUAACACCAAAAAGGGAAAUGCACGAACAGCAAAUUGAGACCCAUGCAAGAUGCCCCCCCCGCUAGUCUGCUACACAGCUGUUUUUAGUGUCGUCACGCAACGCUCCUCCCCACAAACAAUUUGUUCAACUAGUAAUAAUUAUUAAUAACCUUUUUUGACUUCUCCUCAGUAUAUUUGUGGGGAAUAUGAUAGAUGCACGCUUCCUUUAAUGGCUUCAAAACAUCAAAGUAUUCCACUAAAAUCCGUGCCGUUAAAACCACGUAAUUGGACCUUUGCCAUUGCUGGUCUUCAAUUGUUGGUAAAAAUUGCAGGUUUGACAACUCCUGAAGAUUGGCUUUUGGUUGUUAGGAGUCAAGGAGUGCUCCAGACACCCUGUUCUCAAUCAUUUGGUGGUUCACCCAAUGAAAGUCACGGUUUUGCGAUUGCAAUGUCAUACUCUUGCACUGUAGCUGGAAGUCGAGAUUGUCAAACGAAAUAACAAAUCCAGGGUGUGCAGCUUUCUUGAAUUCAUACUCCUCCAUCCUGACUUUAGUUUGCUCUUGGCGGCACUCUGCUGUGCUGUGUGUGAAUUUUUAGUUGCACUUGAUGAUCUUGGAGUUGAAGUCACUCCGGGAAGAAAUGCAUGUGCACUUCGAGGACUUGACAUAUUUUGAUUUGGGAAAGCACUAAACAGAAGACUGGGCUGACUUUGAAUUGGGGAUAAAAAACCAGGAAGGUAAGCAGGCCCACAGGCUGUUUCCAUGAAGAAAAAUCCUGAUAACUGGAAUUAGCAGAAGAAGUGCAAGUGGUAGCUUCGCCUGUGCCAAACUGAAGCGAUUUGGAUACUUUCUGUCGACUUAAACUUUUCUGUGUCCGCGACAUAUCGCGGACCUGGUCCUGAUGGUUUCCUUCAGGAAUGUUGCCGUGUAAGUCUUCUGAAGCCCUUUGAAGGCGCUUUGUUCUCGGUACAUCCCUUUUUUUGAAGGCUUCUUCAAUUUUUUGGCGAAUUUUGUUCAGUUUUUCAGAAGAUCGCUGAAACUUCGUCAAUCGUUUGUAGCAACUCUUGCAAACAAAUAUCUUGCCACUGUUUGCAAAACAGCUCACAUCCACAUUAAGGGACGAUUUAAUAAUACCUUGCACGUCGAUUGAACUUUUACCAAAAAUAUAAAUUUUCUCUGCAUAAUUUUGCUGACGGGGAAGAGCAAGUAAAGCAUUUCGAAUCACUGUCAACAAUUUUCUUAGGGGUUCCGCCGUCCAUGACUUGCUGGAAAGCAUGUUCAUAUCCUUGCGCCCGGAAUCGCUUGGCUUUACCCGCAAAAACUGACGUCACAGUCAAUUUCUAGAUACGUGAUUGGUUUGUUCGUUAGACCGCAGACACAAAGGGACAGGAAUGUGGUUCGGUUUUCAGUAGCCGUUUGUGGGGGGGAGCAUUGCGUGACGACACUAAAAAUGGCUGUGUAGCAGACAACCCCCCCCCACCAAGGGUAAUAAACAUAUUUGAAGCAUAUACAAGAAAAAUACUAAUUGACAUGAAAAAUCUAACUGCAGAAGAAAAAGAAAUCAAAAUUGUAGUCAAAAAUCUAGUUGUAGAACAUCUAACAGUAGUAAACUGCAGUCUACAUGUAAUUGUCAGGGUGCAAAGAAAGUCAUUUUUACAGGUUGCCACACUACUGUACAUAUUGGGAAAUUUAUAGCAUAUACAUCUUAAGAAGGAAAGAAAACAAAAACAAAUAUGAUGAAACUAAAUGUCAUAUGCCUUUUUAAAAAGAAACGUUUUCAACUUAGAUUUAAAAAGAUUAACAUCAGAACAAGCUCGAAUUUCAAAGGGGAGCUUGUUCCAUAGUUGGGGGGCAGCAACGGAAAACGCUCGCUGGCCAUAAGUUUUCAUGUCAAAAUUUGGUUCUUCAAGGCGUAAAUGAUCCCUUGAUGACCGUAAUGUCCUUGAUUGAUGGUAAAAUUUUAAAAUAUCUUCAAGAUAACAGGGACCAGAGUCAUUCAAUGUUUUAAAUUUAUUAAAUUUAUUUUAAAAACAAUUCUCUCCUCAACAGGAAGUCAGUGAAGAUCUCUUAGAGUCUCGGUGAUGUGAUCUCGUUUUUUGAGACCAGCUAUAAUUCGAGCAGCCGCAUUCUGAAUGUACUGCAACUUAACCAUGUCCUGUUUUUGGCCACCAAAAGGAAGAGAAUUACAAACGUCCAACUUCGAGCUAACAAACCUGUGAAUUAGAAUUUAGAAAUAUUUCGUAUAGCCCCAGGCUAUAUCGGACACUACUUUCUUUGCACACUGAAUUGUAGAGAAAUCUUAUUGUAGUAAAAACAUCUAAUUUUUGCCAAAAGACCAAUCUGUUUUAGUGACAUUAACUUAGCUGUCCACUACUCUGGCUGAAUUAGUUAAUCAGAAUGAGUCAGUCAGCUUUAAAACACAGACUUUUUACGAGGUUUUCUGAACAAAGUUUACUUCAUCUUAGCCCAUGAAAGGAAUGAAACAUAAAGAUUAUCUGAACUGCAAAAAUACAAAUUUUACCAGUGCGAUCGUAUCUUCUUUUAAAAAUUUGUAUUUCCUCAUUUCAGAUCAUCUAUAUCUGUGUGAUUUUGCCAAAAGGUGCCCGCUAAGUUUUCGCUUGAACAUGGGCAUUGCCUGUGUUCAAGCCAGGGUAGCCGGAAAAAGAGCAGCGGGUUGCAGUCUUGCUAGGUGUCAGCAGAGAGCCCAGGCCCAGACCUAUUUGUGGGUGAGUGGCUGAGUUGUUUUGUGUGAAAACCAUUAGUGUAGGGAGGGGAGGUUUUGUCACUUUGAUUACAGUUUGAUGUCAGAAAGCAGUGCCAAGUCAGAGAAUUUUUCCACUGGGCUAGGCCAGCCAAAUCAAUGCUGUGACUGAUAAUCAUAACACUACUAGGAGAGCUUGGGGGAAAGUGAUUGACUAGUCAUAAGUUUCAUGGGUGGGGAGGGUGAGUAGUUGCUCCUUGGACUUGGCUGACUAGAGACUCAGUACAGCAACCUUGUAUAAAAUCCACACAGAUAUGUUUCAUUCCUUUCAUGGGUUAAGGUGAUAAACUCAACAAAUUGACCUCCCCCCAUGCAUGGGUCUUCAUAGCACAAAUGGUAGAGCACUGUAGCCCUAACGCAGAGGCCAUGGGUGUGAAUUCCAUUGAGGUCUCGAACUUUUUUCAGAUUUAUUUGCAAUUACUUAAGUAACAAUUACAAUACAAUACAACACUUCAUUGACAUCUCCCCAUGUGGGUUUUUCAGUGACACUAAUUAACAGAUAAAAGUUAAAAACUACACAGUAUAUUAAUAAAUUAUAUUAAAGAUGAUAAUUAAUUUAAGUAAUUAAAACUAGCUAAUAGUGGCAACAGGAUAACCCAUCGUAACUCAUCAUGACUCAUCAUGGAAAGUCGUUCAUAAGAUGUUUUCUUUAAUUGCACUUAAAAUUAUUUAAACAUUUGCUAAGCUUAAUUUCAGAUGAUAAAUUAUUCCAUAUAUUAACGAAUACGGUUCUAUAAGAAAAGGACCUCUCCCCUGUUUUAGUUUUGAAUAUCGGAAUAUUGAAGUUCUGGGAACUUCUAGUCUUCCACCUACUUACGUCGCCUCUAAAAAUAAAUUUAUUACCUAAAUAUUCUGGGGCCAUGCCCGUCUUUCACUUGAAUGCCAUAACGGCUUCUUUGAAGAAUAAAUUGGUUUUUACUGGUAGCCACCUUAAGUUCUUAAACACUGGAGUCACAUGAUCAUAUUUCUUAGUGUUACUCUUCAUGUAUCAUUCCUUUCAUUGGUUAAGAUGAACUCAACAAUUUGGCCUGCUCCCAAUGUAUAGCGUAAAUGGUAGAGCACUGCAGCGUUAACACACAGGCCAUGGGUGCAAAUCCUGUUGAAGUCCCGAAAUUUUUUCAGGUUUAUUUGCAAUUGCUCAUAUUGAAUUACCCCUGCAACAAUCAUAUCUUUAGUUAAUUAAAAAUGAUUUUUUUGUUUUAAAGUUGGACAUGUAGAAGGCUCUGUAUUGAUAAAACAUACUUUUGGAUAGAGUGAUACCUCGGGGAAUGCUUUGGUGUUUCCUUUAUACAGGGAAGGAAACGUCAUAAUCAGGUGUCAAAAAUCAUUCACAUGAAUGGUGGAAAUGUUUGGAGUACUCCAAGAAACUAUAAUGGUACAUAUAUUAGAAAAAUUUUUCUGUAAUUUUCUUAUCAAAGUUGGGAAAAUUUGUCAAAGUACAGGGGACUCCCAGAUCUUAAUACAAAAGGUCAGCAAAAUAUAAACUGACCCCUGUUGAUGGAUUCUCCAUUUUGAAGGGGUCUUUUAUUAUUUUAGGCAUGUAGUCAGCUGGUGCAUGGUCUAGAAUCACUUUUUCAAGAGUGGGUGUCUUUUGAAUUUUCUAAUUUUCCACGUGUGCCAUACUUCCUUUAAACUGUUUGCAUUUGUUACACACCUUAGUUACACCAGCUUGCCACAAAAUUUGUUUUGCAAGUUUUCAUAGCCAUAGAACAUAAUGAUAAUUGUUCAUUUAACUAAUAACGUUUUCCCUGCUUUCGAAAGGUACCCUAGACACCUGAAAAGAAGAACAAGCUCAGUGUCCCUUGAUUGCCAGCAGUGUGGCAAUUGUUUUAGCCAAGCAGGACACCUAAGGAUUCAUGAAAACAGUGUGACAAGUGUUUUAGCGUAGCAGGACACCUAAAGACACAUCAAAGGGUCCACGUUGGAGAAAAGCCUCACGAAUGUAAAUAGUGUGGCAAGAAUUUUAACCAAGCAAGAAUCCUAAUGAGACGUAAAAGAGUUCACACUAGGGAAAAGCCUAAUGAAUGUAAAAAGUGUGGCAAGUGUUUUAGCUGUGCAGGAAAACUAACAAUUCAUGAAAGAGUACACACUGGGGAAAAGCCUUAUGAAUGUAAACAGUGUGGCAAGUGUUUUAGCGAAGCAGGACUUCUAAGGAGACAUGAAAGAGUACACACUGGGGAAAAGCCUUACAAAUGUAAACAGUGUGGCAAGUGUUUUAGCCAAGCAGGACACCUACGGAUUCAUGAAAGAGCUCACACUGGGGAAAAGCCUUAUGAAUGUAAACAUUGUGGCAAGUGUUUUAGUAAAGCAGGACACCUAAGGACUCAUGAAAGAGUUCACACUGGGGAAAAGCCUUACGAAUGUAAACAGUGUGGCAAGUGUUUUAGCCGAGCAGGACACCUACGGAUUCAUGAAAGAGUUCACACUGGGGAAAAGCCUUACGAAUGUAAACAGUGUGGCAAGUGUUUUAGCCAAGCCGGACACCUACGGAUUCAUGAAAGAGUUCACCUUGGGGAAAAGCCUUACGAAUGUGAACAGUGUGGCAAGUGUUUUAGCCGAUCAGGACACCUACGGAUUCAUGAAAGAGUUCACACUGGGGAAAAGCCUUACGAAUGUAAACAGUGUGGCAAGCGUUUCAGUUUCGCAGUAAACCUGAGGAGUCAUGAAAGAGUUCACACUGGGGAAAAGCCUUACGAAUGUAAACAGUGUGGCAAGUGUUUUAGCCAAGCCGGACACCUACGGAUUCAUGAAAGAGUUCACACUGGGGAAAAGCCUUACGAAUGUGAACAGUGUGGCAAGUGUUUUAGCCAAGCAGGACACCUACGGAUUCAUGAAAGAGUUCACACUGGGGAAAAACCUUAUGAAUGUAAACAGUGUAGCAAGCGUUUCAGUGAAGCAGGAAGCCUGAGGAAGCAUGAGAGAAUCCACACCCUGGUUGAGUCACGUAAAUGUUUCCGGAAAAACAAAGGUCUGUCUAAACGUUUGGAAUCAUGCAAGCGGAAGAGAGCAGGAGGUAAAAACGUUAAUGUUAUCAGGGCCGUAGGUUUUACAAACAACCUUCAAACACAGAGGGAGACUGGAAACACUGAUCUAGCAGAUGCACAAUUGGUCAUCUUUGAGAAUUACAGCUGCUGGAUUUGUCAAGAGGAGAUGAGUAGUGAGGCUCUUCUUCUUCAACAUUAUGAAAACCAUAUGAUCUCUGUUUGUGAAGAUGACUCUUAA